UAAUUGCAAUUGUACUCGAAGAAAAAUGAAGGCGGGGAGUGCGGCGAAGCUGAUCGUCGAUGCGCUGCUGCAGCGGUUCCUCCCGCUCGCCAGGCGUCGCAUUGAAACUGCGCAAGCACAGGAUGGACAGUACCUUCGACCAUCAGACCCUGCUUAUGAGCAAGUAUUGGAUUCAUUGGCUAUGGUGGCACGACAUACACCUGUACCUCUUUUGGAAGCUCUACUUAGAUGGAGAGAAAGUGAAUCCCCAAAGGGUGCAAAUGAUGCAUCUACAUUCCAGAGGAAGCUUGCAGUGGAGUGCAUUUUUUGCUCGGCAUGUAUUCGCUUUGUGGAGUGCUGCCCACAAGAAGGGCUCACAGAGAAGCUAUGGAUUGGGCUUGAAAAUUUUGUGUUUGACUGGCUAAUCAAUGCUGACAGGGUUGUUAGCCAGGUUGAUUAUCCUUCAUUGGUUGAUUUGCGGGGGCUGCUUCUGGACCUAGUUGCACAACUACUAGGUGCUUUGUCUCGAAUCAGGUUUAGUCCUGUGACAGAGCGCUUUUUCAUGGAACUCAAUACUCGUCGGAUUGAUACUAAUGUUGCCCGAAGUGAAACACUUAGUAUCAUUAAUGGGAUGCGCUACCUGAAGCUUGGGGUUAAGACUGAGGGUGGACUGAAUGCAUCGGCCUCCUUUGUGGCAAAAGCAAAUCCUUUGAAUCGUGCUCCUCAUAAAAGGAAAAGUGAACUUCAUCAUGCCUUAUGCAAUAUGCUUUCAAACAUUCUAGCGCCACUCACAGAUGGUGGAAAGGGCCAAUGGCCUCCUUCUGGAGUAGAACCUGCACUUACCUUUUGGUAUGAAGCCCUUGCACGAAUAAGAGGGCAACUCAUCUAUUGGAUGGACAAACAGAGCAAACAUAUAGCAGUUGGUUACCCAUUGGUGACUCUUCUUCUCUGUCUCGGUGAUCCUAAUGUUUUCCUCAGUAACUUUGGUCCUCACAUGGAGCAACUCUACAAGCAUCUUAGAGACAAAAACCACCGUUUCAUGGCCUUGGACUGUCUUCAUCGGGUUUUGAGGUUUUACUUGACUGUUCAUGGGGAUUCCCAGCCGCCAAAUUUAUGGGACUACCUAGACAGUGUGACCUCACAACUCCUAACUAUUCUCAGGAAGGGAAUGCUCACUCAGGAUGUUCAACAUGAUAAACUUGUUGACUUUUGUGUGACUAUAGCAGAACAUAACCUUGACUUUGCCAUGAACCAUAUGAUAUUGGAACUGCUGAAGCAAGAUAGUCCAAGUGAAGCAAAGGUUAUUGGUCUUCGUGCCUUGCUUGUUAUGUCUCCUUCAAGCCAGCAUGUUGGCCUAGAAAUUCUUCAUGCUCAUAAUAUUGACCCCUACCUUCCAAAAGUGAAGGCUGCAAUGGAGUCGAUUCUAAGGUCUUGCCACAAAAUCUAUAGUCAAGCCCUUCUUACUUCUUCAAAGACCACAAUAGAUGCUGUAACAAAGGAAAAGUCUCAAGGAUAUCUUUUCCGGUCAGUGCUCAAGUGCAUACCGCUUUUGAUUAAAGAAGUUGGCCGAAGUGAUAAAAUUACUGAAAUAAUACCUCAACAUGGCAUAAGUAUUGAUCCUGGUGUUCGUGAGGAAGCAGUACAAGUACUGAAUCGGAUUGUGAGAUGCCUUCCACAUCGCCGUUUUGCAGUUAUGACAGGGAUGGCUAACUUCAUCCUACGGCUUCCUGAUGAGUUCCCUCUUCUCAUUCAAACAUCAUUGGGACGCCUGUUAGAUCUCUUGCGUUUUUGGAGAGCUUGUUUGUCUGAUGAUAAGUUAGAAUAUGAUGCCCAAGAAGCGAAGCGUGUGCAGAGGAAAGAUGGAUUCAAGAAGUCUUCUGUCAAUCACUCUGGAGAUGCAAUUGAGUUUUGUGCUUCAGAGAUAGAUGCAGUUGGUCUUAUAUUUCUUAGUUCUGUGGAUAGUCAGAUCAGACAUACAGCAUUGGAGUUACUGCGCUGUGUUCGUGCUUUAAGGAAUGACAUACGAGACCUUUCAAUGCAUGAGCGAUCAGACCACAUUUUGAAGAAUGAAGCCGAACCAAUAUUUAUAGUUGAUGUUUUAGAAGAGAAUGGGGAUGACAUCGUUCAGAGCUGCUAUUGGGAUUCUGGGCGUCCAUUUGAUUUGAAACGAGAAUCUGAGGCAGUACCGCCAGAUGUGACACUUCAGUCUAUUUUAUUUGAGAGCCCUGAUAAGAACAGAUGGGCACGUUGUCUUAGUGAAUUAGUCAAAUAUGCUGCUGAGCUUUCCCCGAGCUCUGUUCAGAAAGCAAAGUUAGAGGUCAUUCAGCGUCUUGCUCAUAUCACACCUAUGGAGUUGGGUGGGAAGGCUCAUCAGUCACAGGAUGCUGACAACAAACUAGAUCAGUGGCUUAUGUAUGCAAUUUUUGCGUGCUCAUGUCCACCAGAUAGUAAGGAAGCUGGUGGCUUAGCAACAACCAAAGAUCUCUUCCAUCUGAUUUUCCACUCACUAAAAUCUGGAUCUGAAGCCCACAUUCAUGCAGCUACCAUGGCUCUUGGCCACUCACAUCUUGAGGUAUGCGAAGUCAUGUUUAGUGAGCUUGCAACUUUCGUUGAUGAGGUUUCUCUGGAAACUGAUGCAAAACCCAAGUGGAAGAGUCAAAAGGCUCGUCGUGAAGAACUCCGUAUCCACAUUACAAAUAUAUAUCGCACAGUUGCUGAGAAUAUCUGGCCAGGAACGCUAGGCCGCAAACCAGUUUUCCGCCUUCAUUAUUUAAAGUUCAUUGAAGAAACAACCAGACAAUUCUCAACUGUAUCUCCUGAGAGCUUUCAAGAAAUACAACCUCUUCGUUAUGCACUUGCUUCUGUUCUAAGAUCAUUAGCUCCAGAAUUUAUUGAGUCAAAAUCAGAGAAAUUUGACCUUAGAACAAGAAAACGACUGUUUGAUCUUCUUCUCUCCUGGUGUGAUGACACAGGCAGUUCAUGGAGUCAGGAUGGUGUUACUGAUUACAGACGUGAAGUUGAACGUUAUAAGUCUAGUCAGCUUGCUCGGUCAAAGGAUUCUGUUGAUAAACUUACAUUUGAUAAAGAGAUGAACGAACAAAUUGAGGCAAUCCAGUGGGCCUCCAUGAAUGCUAUGGCUUCUCUAUUAUAUGGUCCUUGCUUUGAUGACAACACAAGAAAAAUGAGCGGCCGAGUUAUAUCGUGGAUUAAUAGUUUGUUUAUUGAGCCUGCACCUAGGGCUCCGUUUGGUUAUUCACCGGUGGAUCCAAGAACACCAUCAUACUCUAAAUUCACAGGAGACGGUGGUCGUGGAGCUACUGGACGUGAUAGGCACAGGGGCAGCCACCUUCGUGUCUCCCUUGCAAAAAUGGCCUUAAAGAAUCUCCUUCUUACAAAUUUGGACCUGUUUCCUGCUUGCAUUGAUCAGUGCUACUACUCUGAUGCUGCUAUAGCCGAUGGCUACUUCAGUGUACUCGCUGAAGUCUACAUGCGCCAAGAGAUACCAAAAUGUGAAAUUCAGAGAUUGUUGAGCCUGAUCCUCUACAAGGUUGUGGACCCUUCUAGACAAAUACGUGACGAUGCUCUUCAGAUGCUCGAGACACUUUCUGGCCGUGAAUGGGCCGAGGACGGCAAUGAUGGCUCAGGAAGUUAUCGAGCUGCUGUUGUCGGCAACCUCCCCGACUCCUACCAACAAUUCCAAUACAAACUCUCUUGCAAGCUUGCCAAAGAUCAUCCUGAGCUGAGCCAACUCCUUUGUGAGGAGAUCAUGCAGAGACAACUUGAUGCCGUUGACAUAAUUGCACAGCAUCAAGUUCUAACCUGCAUGGCUCCUUGGAUCGAGAACCUCAAUUUCUGGAAGCUCAAGGACUCAGGUUGGAGCGAAAGAUUAUUGAAAAGCCUUUACUAUGUAACAUGGCGCCAUGGUGACCAAUUCCCUGAUGAAAUUGAGAAGCUUUGGAGUACAAUUGCUAGCAAGCCUAGGAACAUUAGUCCGGUUCUUGAUUUCUUGAUCACAAAAGGGAUUGAAGAUUGUGAUUCGAAUGCAUCAGCUGAAAUUAGUGGUGCUUUUGCUACAUAUUUCUCAGUUGCUAAGCGGGUGAGUUUAUAUUUAGCUCGCAUUUGUCCACAACGUACAAUUGAUCACCUGGUAUACCAACUAGCUCAGCGGAUGCUAGAGGAUAGUGUGGAACCGCUCAGGCCCGUUGCAAAUGAAGCCGAUGUCAAUGGAAAUUUUGUGUUGGAAUUCUCUUCGGGACCCGCAGUGGCCCAAAUUUCUUCUGUUGUGGAUAGCCAGCCUCACAUGUCACCCUUACUUGUGCGAGGAUCACUUGAUGGUCCACUCAGAAAUGCCAGUGGGAGCUUGAGUUGGAGAACCGCAGCUGUUCGAGGACGAAGUGCCUCGGGCCCACUGAGUUCAAUGCCUCCUGAGUUGAACAUCGUUCCUAUAAGUACUGGCCGAUCGGGCCAGCUCCUUCCAUCUUUGGUAAACAUGUCAGGCCCAUUAAUGGGGGUUCGAAGUUCAACGGGGACGUUGCGGAGUCGCCAUGUUUCUCGAGACAGUGGAGAUUACUUCAUUGACACACCAAACUCCGGUGAAGAUGGGUUGCAUUCAGGGGUUGGAAUGCAAAGUGUUAGUGCUAGAGAACUUCAAUCGGCUUUACAAGGGCAUCAACAACACUCGCUCACUCAUGCUGACAUAGCAUUGAUUCUACUCGCAGAAAUCGCAUACGAAAAUGACGAGGACUUUCGGGAGCACUUGCCUUUGCUGUUUCACGUCACGUUUGUCUCAAUGGAUAGUUCUGAAGACAUUGUGCUCGAGCACUGCCAGCACUUGCUUGUUAAUCUGUUAUAUUCGCUUGCAGGUCGGCACUUAGAGUUGUAUGAAGUUGAAAACAGUGAUGGAGAGAACAAACAACAGGUUGUGAGUCUGAUCAAGUAUGUCCAGUCAAAGCGAGGGAGCAUGAUGUGGGGGAAUGAGGACCCCACGGUUGUAAGACCCGACCUCCCAAGCGCGGCGCUCUUGUCUGCCCUCGUUCAGAGCAUGGUUGAUGCGAUCUUUUUCCAAGGAGAUCUCCGGGAAACUUGGGGCACCGAGGCACUCCGAUGGGCUAUGGAGUGCACAUCGAGACACCUUGCUUGCCGAUCACAUCAGAUUUACCGUGCUUUGAGGCCCCACGUCACAAGCGAUGCAUGCGUAUCGCUUCUCCGUUGCCUCCACAGAUGCUUGGGAAAUCCGGUUCCUGCAGUCUUGGGCUUCAUCAUGGAAAUUCUGUUGACAUUACAAGUGAUGGUGGAGAAAAUGGAGCCGGAAAAAGUAAUACUCUAUCCCCAGCUUUUCUGGGGGUGUGUAGCAAUGAUGCACACGGACUUUGUUCAUGUUUACUGUCAGGUGCUCGAGCUCUUCUCUCGUGUGAUUGACCGUUUAUCAUUCCGUGACAGAACCACGGAAAAUGUACUCCUUUCUAGUAUGCCUCGAGACGAGCUAGACACCAGUGUUGGCGAUGGUCCCGAAUUUCAACGGAUGGAAUCGAGGAAUAUGUGUGAGCCGAGCCCAUCUAGUGGGAAGGUCCCAGCCUUUGAAGGAGUUCAGCCUCUCGUGCUUAAAGGACUCAUGUCAACUGUUAGUCACGGUGUCUCUAUUGAGGUUCUCUCACGAAUCACCGUUCACUCUUGUGAUUCGAUAUUCGGGGAUGCUGAGACGCGGCUCUUGAUGCACAUCACAGGGUUACUUCCAUGGCUCUGCUUGCAGCUUAGCCAGGACGCGGUGGUAGGGCCUGCUUCGCCACUCCAACAGCAGUACCAAAAAGCUUGCUCGGUUGCAGGCAACCUCUCAAUUUGGUGUCGGGCAAAAUCUUUGGACGAACUAGCCGCUGUUUUUAUGGCUUACACGCAUGGUCAAAUCCGGAGUAUCGAUAACCUACUUGCUUGUGUCUCGCCUUUGUUAUGCAAUGAGUGGUUUCCAAAGUACUCGGCUCUGGCUUUUGGGCACCUUUUACGGCUACUUGAGAAAGGACCGGUUGAAUAUCAACGCGUGAUACUUCUCAUGCUCAAGGCAUUGCUUCAACAUACUCCAAUGGAUGCGGCUCAGAGCCCACAUAUGUACGCAAUUGUGUCUCAGCUAGUUGAAAGCACUUUGUCCUGGGAAGCACUUAGUGUGUUGGAAGCCCUUUUGCAAAGUUGUAGCUCGGUGAGUGGGUCCCACUCGCACGAUCCGGGCUUUUUUGAGAACGGGUUUGGUGGGACUGACGAGAAGCUGCUUGUUCCUCAGACCUCAUUCAAGGCUAGGAGUGGACCGUUACAGUUUGCGAUGGGAUCGGGGUUUGGAGCUGGUUUAGCACUGGCUGGACAAGGUGGUGCUACAGAAUCUGGGAUGUCAGCUAGAGAGAAAGCGUUGCAGAACCCCCAGCUAAUCCUUGGGCGGGUCCUCAACAGCUGUGCGCUCGGGAGGAGGAGAGAUUACAGAAGGUUAGUGCCUUUUGUGACCACAAUUGGAAAACCCUAAAAUGUAUUUUUGGUGGAGAUGGUUCGUAAAUAGGCAUAUCAUAGCCUAGUGGUUGUUUUUUCAUGUUGUAUGGAGAUGGCUUGUAAAUAGGUAUGUCAUAGCCUAGUGGUUGUUUUAUCGUGUUGUACAUUGUAGGAACACAGCAAUCAAUCACAGAAUUGGACACAACCCUUUCACAGGAGGUAGGUCCCACUUUUUUGUGAGAGGAUUUUGUAUGAUUCUCUAAUUGAUUUCUGUGCAAGUAGAAGAAUGACGGUUAAUUUUUGUAGUUUCACUACUAUCCACCCACCAGUUGUCUAUAUAGUUUUUCACUCUCUUCAUCUUCAGUUAAUUAUAAUAAUUGGGUUUGCUGUGUACAAAGUGACUUUUUGGAUCUUUUUCUAUUGUUAGAGCAUUAUUUUAUCAAUCUUUCCAGCUGAAAGAAGUCCUGUUCUUAUCAAGCUGCAUAGGAACACCUGUAAUUAUCCUGAAUAAUGCUCCCAAUGUUGUUGAACAUUUCUUAAGAAUUAAUGAGAUCCCAAAAUUUUCCUCUGUGA